AGUCGAGAUCUGAGCAGCUGUUUCAGUCAAGCCACUUCCACCACAACAAGCAGCCACUAACAGCCGGGCUGCGCAUUUUAAACACACACGCAGAACUAAAAGUCGAACUCUGCGGACAAGUGGACUGGUGCAGACAGCACAGUGAAAUACACAAAAUGGUGAUUAUUCCCAUGGUAAAAGAAGAUGACUUUAGUGAUUAUAACCACACCUAUUAUGAAAUGUAUCCUGCCCCCUGCGAACCAGACUCACCAGUCCUCAUCAAGGGGCUACUGGUGACCAUCUACAGUGUGGUGUUCCUCCUCAGCCUUCUGGGAAACACGGUAGUCCUCUACGUAGCCUGGUCCAUGGAGAGUCGGAGGACCUCCACGGACACGUACCUCAUGCACCUGGCUUUGGCUGACCUGCUGUUUUCUCUGACUCUCCCAUUCUGGGCCGUGUUCAUCCACUCUGAGUGGAUCUUCGGGACCUUCCUAUGCAAGCUGCUCGCUGGCCUGCAGGAGGCCACCUUCUACAGCGGAGUCCUGCUGCUGGCCUGCAUCAGCGUCGACCGCUACCUGGCCAUCGUGAAGGCCACCCAGGCGAUUUCCCAGAGGCGUCGCCUGGUGGCCGUGGUAUGCGGAGUGGUGUGGGUGCUGGCGGGGCUCCUCUCCCUGCCUGUCCUGGUGCAGUGGGAGGCCUUUCAGCCAGGGAACCAGGACGGGCUGGUGUGCCACAAGAACCUGCAGGCGGAGGACAUGGCGCGGUGGCGUUUGGGCCUACGCUUGUUGCACCACAUUGUCGGGUUUUUCGUCCCGCUGGCCGUCAUGUUGUUCUGUUACGGCUUCACUGCCGUCACCCUCCUCCGAGGCCGCACUGCCCAGAGGCACAGAGCCAUGCAUGUUAUCCUGUGGGUGGUGCUGGCUUUUGUUGGGUGCUGGCUGCCAAACAAUGUGGCUAUCCUCACAGACACGCUACUGAGGGCCAGGUGGGUGGAGGAGACGUGCACCUUCCGGAGCCAGUUGGAUUUCACUCUGAAGGUGACCCAGGUCUUGGCCUUUCUGCACUGCGCCAUUAACCCCAUCUUGUACGCCUUCAUUGGCCAUAGGUUCCGCAGCCAGUUAUUCACCACCCUGUUCAAUCAUGGCCUUUUCAGAAAUACAGUCCUGUCUAAAUAUAGACACAGCUCUGUCCGCACCUCCACCUCCUGUAAUAUAUCUACAGUGUAACAUACCUGUCACGCUGCAAUGCACCUGCUAUACAGUAACACCCAGUCACACUGUAACAUGCCUGCUACACUGUAACACAUCUAUCACACUGUAACAUACAUGCCACACUGUAAUGCACCUGCCAGUGCCACACUAACAUACCUGCCACACUGUAACAUUCCUGUCACAAUAAAACAUACCUGUCACACUGUAACAUUCCUAUCACAUUGUAACACACCUAUAUAACUGCCACACUGUAGAAGUUAAGGAGAAACCUGUGGUUAUUUUCUCCCAGAUAUAGAACUGGGAGCUGCCUAAGGUACCACAGCUUUAAGGGAGAGCACAAGCUUGGGGGAUUGCUAUGUUGAACAGUAUAGGGGAGUUAGUAUUUCUGCUGACCUCAGCAUCUGUAAGGCCUUAUAACCCUUAGCUGUAACUAUGUACCAGACCUCAGAUCAUUGUAAUCAUGAGACAAAGGAUGGGGGGCUUCCCCUGUAGCCAAUGAUCAGGCAGUGGUGCCUGUAGGAGAAGUCCUUUAUUUUGUCUCAUGAUUAAGAAAUGAUCUGAACUCUGCUACACAGUGCAAUUUCAGUAUUUCCAUCCCCACUAUGGGGAGCAUUAUCACUCUUCCUGUUUUCCUGUAAUCAUUUUCAUGUGCAUUUGUAUUUUUUAUAUUGCAUAUUUGUAUUGUGUUUUAGAGAUGCUCUCUUGGUUCUUGCUGUAACUUCCCAAACAACCUACUGCAAACAGCCAUAUGCAAAAGUUUUGUUGAUUAGUAUGUUUUACUGAAUAAACAUAUUGAAAGCCG